AUGGCGGACGAGGAGAAUAAUUGUGAUGAUGGUGGAGGUGAAUAUAAAGCAGGGCAGGCGUUCCGUUUGCGGGGCCGCAAGGGUGCGCUCAAAAAGAAGAAUGUUUAUCUGAUAAAAGACCAUAAGUUCAUGCCGAGAUUCUUCAAGCAGCCCACCUUCUGCUCCCACUGCAAGGACUUUAUAUGGGGUUUUGGCAAACAAGGAUACCAGUGUCAAGUGUGCAGCUUUGUGGUCCACAAAAGAUGCCACGAGUACGUGACGUUCACCUGCCCUGGCGCAGACAAGGGCGCGGAUUCCGACGAUACACGCACGAAGCACAACUUCCGCAGCUGCACAUACUCGUCCCCGACGUUCUGCGACCACUGUGGCUCUCUUCUGUACGGCCUCAUCCACCAGGGCCUCAAGUGUCAAGCAUGCGACAUGAACGUCCACAAACGUUGCGAGGAGUCGGUGCCCAACUUGUGCGGUUGCGACCACACGGAGCGGCGUGGGCGCAUCCAGCUCACUGUGUCUUGCCAGGGGAACAAGCUCACUGUUGUGGUCAUACAAGGCCGCAACUUGAUCCCGAUGGAUCCCAAUGGUCUGUCGGAUCCCUACGUCAAGAUGAAGCUCAUUCCGGAUUCGGAUAAUGUGAAGAAAAAAACUAAAACCAUGAGGAGCACUCUUAACCCUGUGUGGAAUGAGACCCUGACUUUUGACCUCAAGCCUGAAGAUAAGGACCGGAGGCUGCUGAUUGAGAUAUGGGAUUGGGAUCGUACUUCCCGCAACGAUUUCAUGGGAUCUCUGUCCUUCGGGAUCUCCGAGCUGAUGAAGGCGCCAGCUGACGGCUGGUUCAAGCUGCUGACUCAGGAAGAAGGUGAAUUUUACAACGUACCAGUACCCGAGGAAGGCACUGACCUCGCUCAGUUGAAGAACCAGAUGAGAGCGACCAGUGUUGGAGCUCGUAGACCUCCACCUCCGCCUGAUAGGGAGGUCCCGCAUAACAUGGCCGCCGCUGACGUCAUCAGGGCUUCUGAUUUCAACUUCAUCAUGGUCCUUGGUAAAGGAUCCUUCGGCAAGGUAAUGCUAGCCGAACGCCGCGGCACAGACGAGCUGUAUGCCAUCAAGAUCUUGAAGAAGGACAUCAUCAUUCAGGAUGAUGACGUGGAGUGCACCAUGGUGGAGAAGAGAGUGCUGGCUCUCAGCAGCAAGCCACCAUUCCUGGUGCAACUGCACUCCUGCUUCCAAACUAUGGAUCGUCUGUACUUCGUGAUGGAGUACGUCAACGGCGGCGACUUGAUGUUCCAGAUUCAACAGUGCGGGAAAUUCAAAGAACCUGUUGCCGUGUUCUACGCCUCAGAAAUUGCGAUCGGUCUAUUCUUCCUUCAUUCCCGCGGCAUCGUGUACCGUGACCUCAAACUGGACAACGUACUCCUCGACCAGGACGGCCAUAUUAAAAUCGCUGACUUCGGCAUGUGCAAGGAAGGGAUAACCGGCGACAAAACUACCAAGACCUUCUGCGGUACCCCAGAUUAUAUCGCACCGGAGAUCAUUUUAUACCAGCCGUAUGGAAAGUCCGUUGAUUGGUGGGCCUAUGGUGUGCUGUUGUAUGAGAUGCUGGUCGGACAGCCGCCGUUUGAUGGAGAAGAUGAGGAGGAGCUGUUCGCUGCUAUUACUGAUAAUAGCGUGUCUUACCCCAAGACACUGAGUAAGGAAGCCAAAGACGCUUGCAAGGCAUUCCUCACAAAGAACCCACAGAAGCGACUGGGCUGCAACGCUCGCGGUGAGGAGGACGUGCGCACCCAUCCGUUCUUCCGCCGCAUCGACUGGGCGCGCAUUGAGGCCCGUGACGUACAGCCACCGUUCAAGCCUAAGAUUAAACAUCGCAAGGACGUGUCGAACUUCGACAAGCAGUUCACUCAGGAGAAGACGGAACUGACACCGACGGACAAACUAUUCAUGAUGAACCUCGACCAGACCGAGUUCAUGGGCUUCUCUUUCCUCAACCCCGAGUUUGUGCAGCACGUCUGA